AAGUUGUUGCCCCAGAACAGCCGUCAUGUGAUUUGAUUCUCGUAUUUGCAGAGGAGAAGGGUGGAUGAACCCGAGGAAAAGGAGCAGUUAUUUCUCCUUCAAAACCCGAAUUGAGUUUGUUUUUUGUAUUUGUUUACCGGGAAGAAAGCUGGAUAUUGAAGUCGUUUCUCUUGGCAGAUAGCCGACAUCACCACCGGACACUAUGGGUUGUUGUUACAGCAGUGAGACUGAGGCCACGGAGCAGGAUCGAGAAGAGCGAAAGCCACUACUAAACCCAACCUCUAACCCGCCCAGUAAGUCCACCAAUGGGACAGAGCGGAAUUCAGCAAGCCUUCCCUCUGCCCGGACAGAUGAGCAGGCACUCCUCUCCUCUAUCCUCACAAAGACAGCACUGAAUAUAAUUGAUGUGUCUGCAGCAGACUCCCAGGGAAUGGAGCAGCACGAGUACAUGGAUAAAGCCAGACAGUACAGUACAAGACUGGCAGUGCUCAGUAACGGCCUGUCACAGAAAAAGCCUGCUCCUCUGCCCUCUUUAACCAGCCAGCCGCAUCAAGUGCUCGCCAGUGAACCUGUGCCAUACUCGGACAUACAACAGGUUGCUAAGAUAGCUGCAUAUGCGUACAGUGCACUUUCACAGAUAAAAGUGGACGCGAAGGAGGAUUUGGUUGUGCAGUUUGCUAUUCCCUGAUCAGUUGGGGAGACUCUUCUUACUCUCUCCCUCAAUCGCUGUCCCUUUCUCUUCCCCCACAUAUCUACCCAUCCCUCCAUCUCUCUCUCUGUCUCCUGAGAUUCCAGCCGUGCCACCACAGUGCAUCAACAGCUGAAGACUUGGAAACUGUAAUCUCUGCUAACUAGAGGUCAACUCGUACCGAUUGUGAAUCUCCAGACACACCAACUUUUGAGCUUUUCAGGUGUGUUUCAGAAGCCCUUGUCAUAAAGGAAAAACUGGGGACUGCUGCUGUUCAAGAGCAUUAUUAACCAAUUUAAUCUUAAAAAUAGGGCUUGAAUUUUGUAUGAUUAUUCAACUGAUUAAGUGCCAGAAUAGACUGAUAGAAUAGAUUGCCUCCAGUGAGUAGUUUAUUAAUGUAAAUAAAUAAAUGAGGAAUGACGUCGAGGGGGUCUAGUGAAAGAAUGCCUUUCAUUUUAUAAAGGACAAGCCUCAAAUCCAGGAAGGUGAUUUUUCAUCAAAGCUGUCAGUGGACAGCUCUCAUCACAAAAUCACCAUACUGCUCAACAGAAUUUGUCACAACACUGAAUGGAAGAGGUGGUUUUUUCAGGUCAGGAUUAUUGAGGAACUUUGGCAGUUCUUUGUGGAGAAGUUCGUUUAGUGUUAGCCAGUGUCAUUUUUCCCUUCACCUAGUAUAAGCACUAAACACACGCACUAACAGUUUUGCUGAUUUCAGUCAGUAAUUCCUCUGUGCUCAUUGUUCAUUCUGUAUCACCAUCCUGUCCCACACAAAAACAGUUAGGAAAUAAAGUUCAGAUCAUUUGACUCAUGGAAUUGUAACGAUAUGAAAAAGGCCAGUGUUAGGUUGUCUGAUUUGUAAUUUAUGAACUCGUCCUGUUUUGUUUAAGCUAUGUGUUUAAAGUGGUCUUCAAGUGUUCUCUUCUCCAUUGUGUUAUUUUUCAGUAAACAAAAAAGUGAACAAUUCAAGCCCUUGUUUAUUACAUUUGUUUUAUAUAUGGUAAGAUGAUUUAUAACUUUUUAUUCAGAAAAGACCAUCUGGAACACUACCUGUAUAUGAACACAGUGUAUCAGUCUCUUUCACUUUAAAAAUAAUUUUUCAUAUACACAAAUAUGGAAGCGAGGCUUAUGGAACAAAAAACACAUGAUCCGAACACAACUCCUAAUCACUUAAGGUAAAAAUGAGCAAGCGGUGGAUUUUGAAGCCAUUUAGUUUCUAAAUGAAUAUACUUGAAGAAAUGUAGAUGUAUUUCUUCAUUUUUUCUUUUAAAAGUAUUUAUGGACACUUGUAUUAUGUCUGUACUGGUGCGAGCAGAUCUCUAGUGCAAAAUCAGACACUUUUCGAAGUUUUAAAGGGAUGAACCUUAGGGCUGUAAAUCUGCAGACGUUUUUAUUCUGCUUUUUGCUGUGUGCUAUUAGUUUUUUGUUUGUUUGUUUGUUUGUUUUGUACUUUAAUGUAAAAUACUACCUGAAUUAAGUUGCCCAUACUUAGACUAACCAAAAAAAAAAGCACUUAUUAAUAAAGGAUUCAGAUA